AUGGCAUCAAUACUUGUACUAGUUCAAAGCAAUGGACAUUGGGAUGAGAACAACCAGUACACUGGUUUUGAAGCUACUGGGAUAUGCAUCCAAAAAAAUUGCAAGUAUGCAGAACUAGUGGACAGACUGAUGAAAAAACAUAACUGCAACAGAAAUUCAAAGGUUGACAAAGAAAAUGAAGUCCACAUGCUUGAAUAUGGGAGUCAAUCAGGGGGAACACCAACACAUCAACAACAAGAAAACCAAAAAGCAGAUAAUGAUGAAUUUGACUUUCUUGACUAUGCUAAGAUAAUUGCUGCAGAAAUGAUGGCUCAACUAACAAGACGGACAAAGGAUGAACAAGAAAGCAACGAUGAAGAAGCACUUGUCAUCACAGAUAAACAUCAUCCAGAAAUUGAGAAAGGGCAAAUGUACAAAGAUAAGGAAACUUUGAAGAACGUACUCAGCUACUUUGCAAUAAAACAACAAUUUCAGUACAAGGUGAAAAAAUCUUGCACAAAGGAAUUUCAAAUUAAGUGUUUGGAUAAAGAUUGCAAAUGGUCACUAAGAGCUUCAAGGAAUGGGACAACAGAGAAUUUCGUAAUAAGAAAAUACAAUGAAAAACACACUUGCUCACUAAGCAUUAGAUUUGGAGAUCAAAGGAAAGCAUCAGCAAAAAUAAUAGGGGACUGUGUUAAAUACAAGUUUUUGAACAUAAAGACAACAGCUACACCAACAAAUAUCAGAUUUGAGAUGAAUGACAAAUAUGGGAUACAAAUGAAUUACAUGAAGGCAUGGAGGAGUAGGGAACAUGCUCUAAACAUAGUUAGAGGAAAAGCAAAGGAGUCUUAUCAGUUGCUGCCUAGCUAUUUCUAUAUGCUCCAAAAAACAAACCCAGGUUCUGUAGUGCACAUUAAAACUGAAGAAAACAACAACUUCUUGUUUUGCUUCAUUGCUCUAAAUGCUUCACUGAAAGCAUGGGAAAAAUGCAGACCUAUAAUAGUAGUCGAUGGAACAUUUCUUAAAGCUACAUAUGGGGGAACACUACUAACAGCUAGUGCACAAGAUGCAGCAAGUAAAAUAUUCCCAUUAGCUUCUUGUGUGGCAGAUUCAGAAAAUGAUCUAUCAUGGGAAUGGUUCUUUGAAAAAUUAAGAGCAACAUUUGGUGUUAGACAAGAACAGUGUGUUAUAUCUGGUAGACAUGAAAGUAUAAUAAAAGCAGCUCAACAAGUCUUCCCUGAAAUACAACAUGGAUAUUGUGUGUACCACCUACUCAACAACCUGAAAACAACAUUCAAGAAAAAUGCAAGGUUCUUCGAAAAGCCAUUUUCUCGUGCAGCCAAGGCAUACACUGCUAAAAAUUUUGAAUAUCAUAUGAGAGAGCUCGAUGCCUUAGACAGACGAGUCCGACCUUAUCUACAAAAAAUUGGAUAUGAUAAAUGGUCAAGGUUGUAUUCCAAACACAAAAGAUACAGUACAAUGACAUCCAAUGUUGCUGAAUCAUUGAAUGCAGCAAACUUGGCAGCUAGAGAACUCCCAAUAACAACACUAAUGGAAGCUUUGAGGACCUUAAUCCAGGAAUGGACAUGCAAAAACAGGAAAAUGGCACAAGGAACAUUCACAAAAUUGACUCCAGUUGCAGAGAUGAAGAUGAAGGGCAACUACAAAACUGCUUUGAAAUUAAAGGUUAGAGCAUCAAAUGAACACAUAUUUGAAGUGUACAAAGUAAAAAGAUCACGGGUUGUGAAUCUAGAACAAAAAACAUGCACAUGCAACAGGUUUCAAAUAGAUGAAAUGCCAUGUGCGCAUGCCUUAGCAGUGAUGAAAGAGAUGUAUCUUGACCCACAAAAUUACUGUUCAGAUUACUACAGUACAAAGAACUGGCUGGAAACCUAUGAAGCAACUGUAUAUCCAGUAGGAAAGCAAAGCAAUUGGGACAUUCCACAAGAAAUCAAGGAUAUUGAAAUAUUGCCACCACUUGAAAGGGUGAAAGCGGGAAGACCAAAGAAGAAAAGAACAAGACCUAGUUGGGAGACCAAGACACAAAUCAAAUGCACCAAAUGUGGAAGAUAA